GAAAGGGAGACAAGCAAGAUGGGAAAAAUAGCAGGAAAAAAGGCUUUUUUUUAAAUAACGUGCCACCAGAACUUCUGCAUGGUAACAAAGAUCAUCUAAAGCAGCUGGGUAUUUGCAAAAGAAGACUUCGACGGCGCACAGAUACUUCAUCUCUAAAUUGAGUUCAACGAUGCGUUAGAGGAAGCUGGAUUGACGGGACAGAGAUUUCACGCUGAAGGAUGAAUAGUGAAGAAGAGUUCUAUGAUGCCGUCACGGGCUUUGAUUCUGACAAUUCUUCAGGAGACUUUUCAGAAGCAAAUCAUAAAGUUGCAGAAAUGCUUGAUCUAGAUCUGCACCAAAGCAAUAGGAGCGGAAAGCAUAAUGGAGAGACGGAGAUUCAAGAAAAUGGAAUUAAGAGACACAGGACGUCGUUACCUGCCCCAAUGUUUUCUAGAAGCGAUUUUAGUGUGUGGAGCAUAUUAAAAAAAUGCAUUGGACUGGAGCUGUCUAAGAUCACGAUGCCUAUUGUCUUCAAUGAGCCAUUGAGUUUCCUUCAGCGGAUAACAGAAUAUAUGGAACACAUAUACCUCAUUAAUAAGGCUUGUAGUCAUGCAGACCCCCUGGAGAGAAUGCAGGCCGUAGCUGCUUUUGCAGUUUCUGCCGUAGCUUCUCAGUGGGAGAGAACUGGCAAACCAUUUAACCCGCUGUUAGGAGAAACCUAUGAAUUAACCAGGGAGGAUUUAGGAUUUAGGUUUAUAUCUGAGCAAGUCAGCCACCACCCACCUAUUAGUGCAUUUUAUUCUGAAGGCCUCAAUAAGGACUUUAUUUUUCAUGGAUCAAUCUAUCCCAAACUAAAAUUCUGGGGUUUUGGAAAGAGUAUAGAAGCGGAGCCUCGGGGAACAAUUACUUUGGAGCUUCUGAAGCAUAAUGAAGCUUACACGUGGACAAAUCCAACCUGUUGUGUACAUAAUGUAAUUAUUGGUAAACUGUGGUUAGAACAGUACGGAACAGUAGAAAUUGUAAAUCACAGUACUGGAGAUAAAUGUGUCCUUAAUUUUAAACCGUGCGGACUAUUUGGGAAAGAGCUUCACAGGGUAGAAGGACACAUUCAGGACAAACACAGAAAGAAGCUGUGCAUGAUCUAUGGCAAGUGGACAGAGUGCUUGUGGUGCACGGAUCCUGCCGCCUAUGAGACGUACAAAAAGAAUGAAAAGAGAGGUGGUGAGCAGAAGAAAUUGAAGCCGAGCGAAGAUGUUAUUAAAUCUGAAAAUGAUGAGGCUGAUGAUAUGCCGGAGGUUCAAGACACGGUGCAGUUCAUACCAGGCAGUAAAUUGCUUUGGAGAAUAAAUAGCAGGCCACCAAACUCAUCGCAGAUGUACAAUUUCACCAGUUUUGCUGUGAGCCUCAAUGAGCUGGAAAAGGGCAUGGAAGCAAUAUUAGCUCCCACUGACUGUCGGCUACGUCCAGAUAUCAGAAAUAUGGAAAAUGGAAACAUGGAUGCGGCUAGCAAAGAAAAAGAGAGACUAGAAGAGAAGCAAAGAGCUGCUCGCAAGGAGCGUGCGAAGGAUGAGGUGGAGUGGCACACACGAUGGUUUCAUCAAGGCACUAACCCAUACACUGGGACUUCAGAUUGGCUGUACUCAGGUGGCUAUUUCGACAGGAAUUUCUCAGACUGUCCAGACAUUUACUGAAAUUACAGAACCAAUUGCUCAUCUCAUCUGGACAUCUAGUUACUAGAUUUCAUUCCGAGCCAGUUCCUCUGGUUUUGUUGAUAGCAAAAACAAGCUUUUCUAAGCAAAUUUUAACAAAAAUUCUGUGGGUCAACAA